AUGCCAGGCCACGAAGACAGUGGUGAUCCACCGCUAGGUGGUCCCGACGAUGAGCCGAUUAGUAGCAGUCGUCCUCGCCGAAGUCGAUCACGAUCUCCUCCACGUCGACGCCGUCGAAGCAGGAGUCGAAGUCUUAGCCGGAGUCGAUCCAGAUCGCCAGAAUCACGACGAAGGCGAUCACCUCCUCGGCGAUACCGAGGAAGAUCAAGGAGUCGCAGUUUUAGUCCAGGGCGCUCUCGCAGUCGAUCGCCUCCCCAUGGUGGAAGACAUUCUCGUGAGAGAGAUCGCUCUGGAGGUCGUAGAGGAGGACCUGGCUUUGGUGGAAGAGGAGAUUAUGGACGCGGCUAUGGACCACCCCGUGGGCCUUAUGGUGAACCCUUUCACGAUGCCGCUGGCUCAGGUCCUUACGGUCCUCCACGAGGCGGAGGAGGAGGACCUCCGCCCCGCCGUGGAGGAGAACGUAGACGCCGUGAGGAAGGGCCUCCUGGAGUCUCUCUCUUGGUGCGAAACGUAUCUCCCGAUGCGACUACUGCUGAUUUGCAAAGGGCUUUUGGAAAGAUUGGAGAAGUGCGAGAUGUCUACAUUCCAAGAGACUACCACUCACAGCAACCCAAGGGAUUUGCUUUUAUUGAAUAUGCCGACCCUGAAAUGGCAAAGGAAGCACGCGAUGAGAUGGAUAGAUUCCGAAUCAAGGGACGGGAACUCGAAGUUGUGUUUGCUCAAGAACGACGCAAAACUCCUGGUGAGAUGAAAGUUCGAGGUGGUGCUCCUGGUGAACGUGAACGAGGAGGAGGAGGUGGUGGUGGUGCUCCAAGUGGCCGUGGACGAGGUGGAGGAGGAGGCGGUGACCGUGGACGAGGCGGACGCAACUUUGAGCGCUCGUCUUCCUUUGAGAGACAUCAAAAUCAACAGCGAAAUCGGGAUCGAAAGGGGAGUGAUAAUGAAGGCCGUCGUUCGGAAUCGAGUCCAAAGAACGAUCGCAAGGGCGAAGAAUCUGGAAAUGCCGCUGGGGAAGGCAACCAAGGAUCAAAUAAUGAUGUCUGA